AUGGCGCCUGGGCUGCGGUUCCCGCCGGCGUUCGCCCUCGUGCAGCUCGUGGUCACGCUGCUCGCUGUGCUGCCUCGCCAUGUUGUGCCGGACCUGGCCGGCGACCGCGACGCGCUGCUCGCCCUGCGCACCGCCGUGGGAAGUCAUCUGAAGUGGGACCUCUCGGUGUCCCCGUGCCAGGGGUGGCAAGGCGUCAGCUGCAGCCCCGGCCCCAACCAGCGCGUCGUGGAGGUGCGGCUAGUUGCCAAGAGCCUGAGCGGGCAGAUCCCGGUCGGCACGGUGGGCAACCUCACCGCCCUACAGACGCUGUCGCUCCGGUUUAACGCCAUCUCCGGCCCCAUCCCGGCGGACAUCGGCAGCUGCACCGAGCUCCGGUGGCUGUACCUCAAGGGGAACCGAUUUGACGGCGACAUACCGGAGAGCUUCUUCUCGCUGGCAUUGCUCAAGAAGGCCGAUCUCUCCGGGAAUCGCCUCACCGGCGGCGUGUCAUCAGAGUUCAACAAGCUCGGGAACCUCGCCACGUUGAACCUCGAGGGCAAUAACCUUAACGGCGCGCUCCCGAGCGGCCUUGACCUCCCAAAGCUCACGCAGUUCAACGUGUCCUACAACGGCCAGAUCGAUGGCCCCGUGCCCGCGUCACUCGCCGGGCUGCCCGCGAGCGCCUUCCUCGGGACGGCGCUUUGCGGCGGCCCUCUCGCUGCUUGCCCCAACUCCGACUCCGAGGCCCACAAGAGUCGCAAGCUAACCCUUGGCGCCAUCGUCGGCAUCAUCAUCGCUGCGUUGGUCGUUCUCAUCGUCAUCCUUUCAAUCUGCGUUCUCAUCUUCAGCCGGCGGCGGCGGGCGGCGGCCGGAAGGUCCACCGAGGCCGCGGCCGACGUGCACGAGGGCACGGAGCCUAUAACGGUGACCGUGGCGAUGACGGGCAGGGACGCCGUGAAGCGGUCGCACUCCCCGCCGGCGCGCCGGAGAGGCCCUAUGACCUGGAGACGAUUGGUCGCCCUCGGCGCUCUCCGCCACGACAACCUGCCGGGUCUCCGCGCCUACUUCUACAGCAAGGAGGAGAAGCUCCUCGUCUUCGACUUCGUCGGCGCCGGCAGCCUCUCCUCCCUUCUCCACGGCAGCGGAGCGGAGCGCCUCGACUUCACGACGCGCGCACGGAUCGCGCUGGCGGCGGCGCGCGGCGUGGCGUUCAUCCACGGCGGAGGGCCCAAGGCGUCGCACGGCAGCAUCAAGGCGUCCAACAUCGUCGUCAGCGGGAAGCGCGACAGCGCCUACGUGGCCGACUACGGCCUGGCGCAGCUCGUCGGCACAGCGGGGCUGCCGAAGCGGGGCACGGGCUACCGCGCCCCGGAGGUGACCGACGCGCGCGUCGUGUCGCAGAAGGCCGACGUGUACAGCUUCGGCGUGGUGGUGCUGGAGCUGCUCACCGGGCGCGCGCCGACGCACGCGCUCCCGGAUGGCGGCGCCGGCGGCAGCGGCGUGGACCUCGCGCGGUGGGUGCGGUCGGUGGUGCAGGAGGAGUGGACGUCCGAGGUGUUCGACUCCGUCAUCGGCAGCGAGCCGCGCGUGGAGGAGGAGAUGAUGCGGCUGCUGCAGCUCGGGAUGGAGUGCACCGAGCAGCACCCCGACCGGCGCCCGACGAUGGCCGAGGUGGAGGCGAGGAUCGAACGCAUCGUCGAGGACGCGAGCCGGAGGGCCGACUUCAGCAGCACCGACGGCAGCCGGAGCGUGUCCGCAUGAGCAUCACCGGCCAUAUUCUUUUUCAAGGUCUAUAAGAGUUUUUUUUUUUUGUAAUGAGACGAUUAGGUUUAUAUUUGUUACUGUAUUUGUUGUUCUACAAUA